CAACACAUUGGUAACUGUCUCCCCCUCAGGACAAGCGCCCAAGGCCCCCCCGCUUCACCAUGCCCGAAGGAGCCCGCAGGGGCAGCUCCAAGGAAAGAGGCAACACAGCAGCCCCCAGGCCCUCCUCCACCUCCUCGCUGGCUGGAAUCGGGACCAAGAUGGCGUCCGACCCCAUUUUGGGCAGCUGCACCUCUGUGAACACGGUGUGUUCGGACAGCGACCGCCCGGUCAGCCUCAGCUCUUCGGCGUCUUCGGCCUCCUUGCAGGACGGCUCCAGCGCCUUCAGCAGCAGCGUCGGGCUGGGGGGCUGCCCCCCGCCUUACUCUCAGCAAAACGGCAGCGACAUCAGCCUGGACCUGACCCCCGUCGCCCUGCUGGACCGGCUGGCCGACAGCCCGGGCGACGGGCAGCCGUGCUGCGGCCGGGCCAAAGAGCGCCGGAUCAAGCUUUCCCACCUGGACCGGGUGGUGCUGGAGAUUGUGGAGACCGAGCAGGCUUACGUCCGGGACCUCAGGAGCAUCGUGGAGGAUUACUUGGGCUGCAUUAUUGACUGCGGACAAGUAUCUCUCAAACCGGAACAAGUUGGUGCUUUGUUCUGCAACAUUGAGGAUAUUUAUGAGUUCAACAGUGAGCUGCUGGAAGAUCUGGAGCGGAACACCAGUGCCCAUGCAGUUGCGGACUGCUUUGUGCAAAGGAGUGAAGAAUUUGAUAUCUAUACUUUGUACUGCAUGAACUACCCCAACUCUGUCUUGAUGCUUCGGCAGUGCAUGGAGGAUGACGCGCUGGCCAGAUUCUUCCGGGAGAGGCAGGCCACGCUGUCCCACUCGCUCCCGCUGGAGACUUACCUUCUCAAGCCGGUCCAGCGAAUUCUGAAGUACCAUCUGCUACUGCAGGAACUAGCCAAGCAUUACGACAAGGACAGCCCUGGCUACGACUCGGUGGAAGAGGCUAGCAUCACCAUGACAGCGGUGGCUUGGUACAUCAAUGACAUGAAGCGGAAGCAAGAGCACGCCACCCGGCUGCAGGAGAUCCAGGGGCUGCUGGUGGGCUGGACCGGUCCGCAGCUGGAGGCGUUUGGGGAGCUGAUCUUGGAGGGCCAGUUCCGGGUGCCGCGAGCCCGCAAGGAGAGGGUCUUCUUCCUUCUCAGCAAGGUCCUGCUGAUAGCCAAGCGGCGCGGGGAGGCCUUCGUCUACAAGAGCCACAUCUUUUGCUGCAACCUGGCACUGCAGGAGAAUACCAAGGACCUGCUGAGCUUCAAAAUCUCUGAUCUCUCCAUCCCGAAACAGCAACACACGGUCCAGGUGAGGAACCAGGAAGAAAAGCGACUCUGGAUCCAUUACCUGAAACGCUUGAUUGUGGAGAAUCACCCAGCAUCCAUUCCACAGAAGGCAAAGCAGGUCCUCUUGGAGAACAGCUUCCAGGGCUCCCCCGAUGUCCUCCUCAGCCCUGAGUCCCCCAAGAGGCCGCUGCCUUCUCCUCAGCUGGAUGAGUCCAGGGUCUGCAUUCGCAGUAGGCGGCAGUCAGAGCCCCCGGAAUCCAUGUAUAGUCCAGAGAGAGUCCGGCGAAGCUGCCCCAUUUUACUGCUAGAGAAAAGUGGCUCUUAUCGCCGUGGCCGCAGGCAGUCAGAACCAGCCAAGGAAUCCCAGGCCAUAUUUCAUCCAGCGAAUGCGGCCAGAUUAAAGCAUGCGGACAGCGAGGGGGACCUCUUCCCCGCCAGCGAGACCCUCCACUCCUCCGGCAGCCCCCACACGCUGGCCUCCGCCAAGCCGGGGGAGGAAGCUGAGCGCUCUGAUCCGGAAGCAGAGGAGGCCGAGGACUUCUCUCUGGCGCAAGAGCCCCUCACCACCAACCUCUCCAUCACCGAGGAGAUCCUGGAGCUGCUUAGCCAGCGGGGCCUGGACGCGGAAGCUGGGAGGGAAGGGAGGCUGUGGGGAGAAAACGGCUCGGGAGCCCCCAGCUUGGCUCUGCAGGACCAGCUCUCGCCCAACGAUGCCUUAGAAGAACUGGAGGAGAAAGCAGAGGAGGAGGAGGAGAACGGGGUCUUCCAGGAGGACGCCCCCCCUCUCCCUCCCCAAGGGAGCCCCCUCCAAGAACAGCUGCUCCCCAUGCUCCCUCACCCCUUUGGCAGCGACUCUUCCGAAGAGGAGGACCCGCAGCAGCCGCAGGAGUCGGCUGGUACAUCUCCGCUGCACGUCCUGGAAGAUCUCACCUCGGGGGAGCCCGGCAGCUCUGCCUGCACGGGGCAGGGGGCAGCCUGGGAAGAAAGCUGGGCCCCCGGCCUGCCCAGCCAGCCGUCCUCGUGCCUCCCAGCCUCACCAGGGGGCCGCGGCAGGGUGGAGGAGAGAGCCAAGGUGGACCCCUCCCUGACCAGGGAUGACUGGCUUCUGCUGGAGAAGGUCCAGAGCUACCACGAAAACGUGGACAGGGGCAAGAAGGGGCCAGGGGCUGCUGAGGAGGAGGGGGGCCCCCCUGUUCCUGCUGGGGUGGUGCGAGAAUCCGUCCUGCGGUUCAACAGCAUCUCAAAGCAGAAGGAGGCUCCAGGGGAGGGAGAGGGAGGAGCCCAGCUCAGAAGGCUCCGCCCCCCACCCAGCCAGGUGAGCUGGGGCCCAUCCUGCAACAGCCAACACCUUUCCAUCCCCAACAACUCCACGCGGAGUCGGCCACCCACAAGGAUCGAGCAAAACCAUUUGGACGGGGGCCGAUUCCCUGCGCAGCCCGGGACCCCUGAGGCUCAGGGGCAGGAGGCAGAGAAGGGGCAGCCCCAGCCCGGGGGCAUCCCCUCCAAUGCCCCCCACAAGGCUUUGGGGAGAGAGAGGAAGCCGCGGGAGCAGAAGAACGGGUUGGAGGAGGAUCCUGCUGAGCCCGGCUUCCUAUCGUGCGCAGAGAUCCGGAGGGCUUGGCAGGAGAAGGAGCGGAGCACCAGGGACCCCCCAAGGAAGGGGGGCCAGGGCGCGGGUCAGAGAGCCUUCUCCUCCCCCCCCGAAAGGCCCACGUGCGCAGAGCCCCUCUGCAUCGUGGAGGACUCGGACCUGGAGGACCCUCCCCGAGGUCCUGGCAGGGAUGCAGGUGGGGGCGUCCCCCCUGGGCUGCCGAGGGACAGGGGGGUGAAGGAGGCUGCCCCCGCCUCUGCGGCCUUCCUCCCCUCCAUGGACCUUUAUCAGGGCAACGGGGAGCCCUGCCUGCUGGAAAACUCGGAGCGGAUCCUCAGCAAAGUGCAAGCUUUGGCGAAGAUGUAUAGUGAGAAGAUCAGCCGGCUGAAAUCCCAGAAGUGGGGCUUGGAGAGGCCCCAGGGUGCCCACCCGAUGGCCCUGGGCAGGAGCCAGGUUGUCCUGCAGGAGAGCUGGCAAGGAGGAAGCAUCCCCCCGUGUGAGCCCCAAAUCUAUGGGCACGUCCUCAUCCAUGAGCCGCUCCAGGACGUGGUCGGCAUCCAGGAAAACACGCCGCUUGUUGCCGCCACUCGGGAAACUGCCUUUGUGCUGCGCAGCGACAGGCCCUUCCGGCUUCUUUCUCCAGAGAUCCUGGCCCCGCUGCAGCAAGAAUUGCAGCACCCUCUGCCCCCUUCCCUGGGGGUCCCCUCGGGGGGAGAGGAGACGCCAGUGGCUGCCACAGGGAAAAAAGACGGUGCAGGAUGCCCCAGGGGUCCCGUGUUGACAGGGUGCCCCGGGAACCCUUUGUCCACUGUGGCCCCCAGCCCAGAGAGGGGUCUUCCCUCCUCCUCUCAAUUGACGCCUGAGGCAGAGCAUGGAGGGCGGGGCGCCCACGAAGCACCACAUCCUCCCGAGCCCGGCCAGAAGAGGGAGGGGGGCGGUCAGCCUUCGCAGCCGAGGCUGCACCCCGAGGUCUCAGUGGGAACAGGGCAGGCCCGCCCUGCCCUCCAGCCGCAGUGGCGUCUCAGUGACCACGAGGCAGAAAACACUUCCCCCUCUUCCAAGCCCGCUGAGGAACCGAAGGCCAGGAUGCCCGGCCGCUCUGCUUUCUACCCACUGGAGGGGACACCGACCCUGGCACAGGGCAGGGGCUGCUCCCACCCAGGCACCAAGGAGAGAAGCAGUUCCCCUGCUUUCUCAGACCAAGAGCCAGCGGGGUGCAGCCGGGAGGCCUCUGGAGCAUCAGCCGGGGAUCCCCACUGGGGCGCCCCAAAUUGUCCUGCUGCUUCUGAACCCACCAAGGCCACCCAGCCCCUGCCACUGGACUCCUGCACAGAGGGGUUGCCCUCCACUCUGGGUGCCCGGACCCAGGAGCCCCCCUCUGCCGCCACCUCUGAUUUCCCGGCCAGGGUGGAGUCUCCGGCCUGCAUCGCGGGGCAGUGCCCGAGUGUGCCACUCCCCAAGUUUCUUCCCUCCUCACCGGUCCGCCGGUGCCUCUCUUCCAGUGCCGCUGCCAUUUCCAGGUACCUCGCCGCCUCCUGCAUCACCCAGAGCUUGGCCAAGCGAAAUGGCGCCCCUCCCCCUGAGGACCCGCAGGGGCCCAGGCUGCCAGCCAACCCACUGGCUUCACUCCCCAAGGCAGCGCCCAGGCGCCACCGAAACCUGGGAAGGCUGGAGGCGGCAUCCCCCUCCUCCUGCUCUCAGUGCAUCAGUCCCGGGCCCCACUCCCCUUCCCCACGCAGGGCCUCCUUGUCGGGAGCCCCGGCUCUCGAGCGCUGUCCCCCCUUCUCCUCUGCUUCAGCGCCCAGCUCUCGAGUGCAGUCCCCCGUGGGGCCCAGGAUGUGCUCGCCCCCUCCAGGAGGAGCCCAGCCCUGCACCUUCACACCUCUGGGGGUCCACCUGCAGAGGCAGCCCCCUGCCCCCGUGGCACACCCUGAGCUCCGGACACCAGGCUUCCCCUCUCCCGCAUCCUGCUUGAGGGCCCAGAGGGGCCUCCUCCCCAGCAGCAGGCCAUCCGAAGGGCCAGCCCCAAAUGAGGACCAGGAAUCAUCAGGUGGCCCCCACAAUGGCUCCGAGACCUCGUCCAGGAGUGCCCCCCACUCCCACGAACUAGGCAGCAUCAGGUGGCCCAACGUGCCGGACCUGUGCUCGAAAUACGUCAGCCAAGAGGGGUGGCCAGGCCCCCAGAGACUGCAGCCUGAGGUGGGGGAGCACUGCCCCAAACAGGGACCCCCCACAAGCCUGGACACAGCUCGGUUCCCUGAGAAGGCUCCUCAGAAGGCCAGCUACUCCACCACCGUCAACAUCCAGAUUGGGGGCAGCGGCAGGGUGGCCUCGUUCAGCAAUGCCCAGGUCAGCCUGACUCACCCGCUUUCGGCCACACUGGAGCAGCUGGGCAGCCUCCGGAGGGUCAACAGCGGGGUGGCCGAGUCGUCACUGAAACCGGGAACCUGACGCAGCAGUGGCCGGAGGUGCCAGCGGAGCCCAAUGCCCUGGUGGUGCUGGCUGGAACUGGCCCUGGCAGUGCAGCCAGACGGGAGGAUGGAGAAGCCGGCAGGCAGGAGCAUCUCAAGAUGAAAUCCAGAGGUGUGAGAGGUUGGCAACAGCCAGCAGGUCAGCUUCUGGGGGAGGAGAAGACAGUGAAAAUGUGCCGGACUCCGGAAGAUCACGAGAAGGACCUCGCCCCCUACCUCCUCGCCAGAUGGAGCCCCCAUUGGUCUCGCCACCUUGAGAGAGGACCAUCUGGCUGGGGCGGGAUCGAACUGGGUUUGUUGGUGGUAGCAGGAAGACUGGGCAAGGGUAAAGCAAAGCAAACAAUCCUGGGGAUGGGGAAAGGUUGCGUUUUAGAAAUUCCCUGUUGUAUUGCUUCCCUUUGUACUGGUUCCAAGUCCUUUUGAAAAGAGAAAACUGUGGAAUGAA